GUGGAUCCGACUCUAUAUAGAGACACUAAAACUAGACUUUUUGUGCAUUUUCAGGCGGGUAAUACACAUUGUUUCAACACAUUAUGUCUGGGAUUUGUACAAGUAACAAUAAAAUACCUGUUGAUAUGGCGUUCAAUGGGGUUUCACGCCGUGGAGAUAAGAUAUCAUGGGAGUUCAGAAUGAACAUAGAUCGGGAACUAGUCAAAGGAAAUUGGUGGCUUAUACUUGGAAAAAGCAAUAUACAAGUUGGGUUUUGGCCUCAAAACAUUUUCACUAGCUUGAGAAGCUUUGCUGAUAACGUCGAGUGGGGAGGAGUCACGUACAACCCACCAGGUGUGCCUGAACCUCCAAUGGGCUCAAGUUUUUUUCCCAUAGGAAGAACCAAUUAUGAUGCUUACUGUAGGAGAUUUAUCGUAGUAAAUGAAAAAGGUGAGACAAUAGAUGUGGAUAAGACGACUAUAUAUGUUGACGAUCCUAAUUUGUAUCGUGUAAGAGAUUACCCACAACCUGACCAACACUUAGUACUUUAUGGGGACCUGGAAAGAGCCGAAAAGUCUAAACUGGUUACUUAAUAGCUGAUGAUAUUUAUUUUCUAUGUCAAAAAAAUAUAAAGUAUAUUUUUACUCGUCAUAUUU